AUGGCCGCUCUCCUCCGGCAAUGGCCGCUGCUUGUCCUUGCCCUCGUCUUGCUGUGUUCCAUGGCGGCGAGCUCCGCUUCUCCGCAGCCUUCGGAGCAAAGGAGGUGGCUUCUCCAGACCAGCAACCCGGGGGUGAGAAACGUGGAGGUCUUCUUUCCCUCAAACUCGGUUCCAGCCUUCACCUACGCCCCGCCGCCGCCAUCGCCGCCGCCGCCGCCGGUGAGUCCCUCGGUACCGUCGGCUCCGGCGGCAGCACCGGAUGCUCCGCCGUCGAAGCCGUCUAGAGUAACGGUCACCAAGGCCGUCGUCGCCACCGCCGCCAGCACCUUCGUUGUGUCCGGUCUUCUGUUCUUCGCUGCCUUUCGUUACACCUUCAAGCACAAGAAGAUCGAGAGCUAUAGUCAGGGAGGGGCCAAGCACCGGCGCGAUGGCGGCGGCGCCGCCACAAAUCCCUACAGCGUUGCCGCCAACCCUUAUAGGCCGAGCCCCGUCGCCGGUCCCCUCAAGGCGGUGGUCGUUGACGAGAACAGGCUCGAUGUUCUCUAUUGGCGGGAUGGGAAUGACGGAAGGAGGCGGUGCAGCCACUGCAAGCAGGCGAUUGGUGGCCAUGGAGAUGCCGGCACCAGAGGCGGCGGCGGCGGAGGCGGCGGAGGAAGCGGAGGAGCCCCCCGCCGGCACCAGGCGGCGCAGCUGCCCAAGCCUGAGGAUGGUCGGAGCCGGAAAGGCCAGCACCAGACGGCUCCGCUGUUGAAGAACGAUUCUUUGAGCACGUCGGAUCGGAUAAAAGAGGUUAUUUCGAUCGUUUCUGCAGGUUCCGAUGGGUCUGAAUCGAUCACGCUGGCCACCGUUGUUGCCAACCCGAGGAAGGCGGAGACGUCGCCACAGUUGCCUCUACCACCAGGAAGAUGGGAACCCAUGUCAAAGACUCCAUCUCCAGCCUCGACAUCGCCCCCGUCACCUAAAAGGCCGGGAGAGGUGCCACAUUCUUCUUCUUCUUCUCCUCAGACUGUGCAGCGUCUGAGCGCCAUGGCAGCGGCGGCGCCACCUCAAUCGUCCAAGCCGCCGAGUGCACCGCCGCCACCUCCACCGCCUAAGCCACCAGGCGCGGCGCCACCGCCGCCGCCGCCGCCGCCGCCACCAGGGGCGCGAGGAGCGGCGCCACCUCCGCCGCCGCCGCCACCUGGGAGACGAGGCGCGGCACCACCUCCGCCGCCGCCGCCGCCGCAGGGAGCGGCGAGAGGGGUGGCUCCUCCUCCUCCGCCACCUCCCCGGCCAAACUCUGUCGGAAAUAAGCCGUCACCACCGCCACCGCCUGGUUUGGGGCCGAGAAAGCCCCCAGUUCCUAGAUCCGGCAGCAAAUCCGCUUCGGCGGCGGAAGAGAAUGAGAAAGCGCAACCGAAGCUGAAGCCGCUGCACUGGGACAAGGUCACGACGGUGAACACCGAUCACUCCAUGGUCUGGGAUAAGAUCCACGGCGGCUCCUUCAGGUUCGACGACGAUCUCAUGGAAGCCCUCUUCGGCUAUGUCGCCACCAACCGCAAAUCCCCCCGGGGCAGCCCCACCUCGUCUUCGACAAACCCCUUCAAGGCCAUCGCCUCCGGCGCCGGCGGCCCCUCGGGUCAGAUCUGCCUCCUCGACUCCCGAAAGUCGCAGAACAUCGCCAUCGUUCUGCGCUCCCUUGCCGUCAGCAGGCCGGAGAUCCUCGACUCCCUGCUCGAGGGCCGCGGCCUCAGCGCUGACACCCUCGAGAAGCUCUCCAAGCUGGUGCCGACCAAGGAGGAGGAGGCCAUCAUCCUCGGCUUCUCCGGCAACCCUUCCUCCCUCGCCGACGCCGAGUCCUUCCUCUUCCACCUCCUGCGCGCCAUCCCCUCCGCCUUCGCCCGCAUCGACGCCAUGCUCUUCCAGAUCAACUACGAGCCGGAGGUGCUCCACCUCAGGGAAUCGCUCCAUGCUCUGGAGGCCGCCUGCGGGGAGAUGCGGAAGCAGGGUCUCUUCAUGAGGAUGCUCGAGGCGGUGCUCAAGGCCGGCAAUCGCAUGAACGCCGGCACGGCGAGGGGAAACGCCCAGGCCUUCAAUCUUUCUUCCCUCCGCAAGCUCUCCGACGUGAAGAGUACCGACGGGAAGACCACCCUCCUCCACUUCGUCGUGGAAUCCGUCGUCCGCAGCGAGGGUAAGCGCUGCGUGGUCAACCGCAACCACAGCUUCGGCCGCACCAUGAGCCGCUCUACCUCCACCGUGUCCUCCGCCGGCGGCGGCCCCGCGAGGAGGGAGGAGAAGGAGGCGGAGUACCUGACGCUGGGGCUCCCCGUCGUGGGGGGGCUGAGCAUGGAGUACGCCAACGUGAAGAAGGCGGCGGGGAUAGAGGUCGAGGGGCUGAUGAGCGCAUGCACAUCCCUCAAUGCGCGCGUGGAGAAGUUGAGGCGGGUGCUGGCCUCGUGCGGCGACGGCGGCGGCGGGUUCGUGAAGGAGUUGGGGGCCUUCCUGGAGAGGGCGGAGGCGGAGCUGAAAAUCCUCUCGGCGGAGCAAAGUAGGGUGAUGGAGAUGGUGAAGGAGACGACGGAGUACUACAUGGUGGGCUAUUCGCAGGACAGGACGGCCCACCCUCUGCAGCUCUUUAUCAUCGUCAAGGAUUUCCUCGGAAUGGUCGACCAGGCCUGCGUGGAGAUCGCGAGGAACCUGCAGCAGAAGAAGCGGAAGCCGCCGAGCAGCGGCAGCGGGGGAGAGCCCCCGGCACGGGAGAAGAAGCCGGUGACGAUGUUCCCCAAUCUGCCGGCGCGUUUCAUGUCGGAGAGCUCGAGGUCGUCGAUGUCGGAGAGCAGCAGCGACUCGGAGGAUGACUUCUGA